CUCAGAUCCAGUUUGUCAUAAGUUACAAGAAGACACCCAAUCAAACGGAAUGGCAGAGAAAUAUCGCUUAAUAAACAACGGUCGACAAUUAGGAACGCACUUGGCGCAUUUACUUACAGUCGCGGGCAAAAGAAUACGGUAAAAGUGUCUUCAACUCGAUGUGCAUCAAAAGAUCACUGGCCUGCAACGGUGGACCCCGUUUUGCCAGAAUUUCUGCGCCUUCCAACAGUUCUUCCUCAGCAUUGCGACAGAAAGGAUGCAUUAUUUUGUGGCCCAGUGCUUCAUAAUGGCAGUUCUUGCCGGGACUAGCCAGCAGGGUGAUGACUUCAGUACGCCCAGUGCCGCCUGGUUGGAGUAUCAGCGCGAGAGAUUCGGUAUGAGCAGUAAUCCACUGCUGCUCGGUCCCACCAAGGCACCAACAGCCCAAAAUGUAGUAGUGGUGACCCCUAAAGUGGAGACCACGUCCAGGAAACAUUCCUCCAGCUCAACCGAAAACGCAAGUCAGGAUUCCGAGGAGGAAGAGGAGACCACAGAGCCACCAUCCGAAGAUGAAGAACUAGGUGUGCCUAGCGUUCAAGGAUUUUUCAAGUUCCUAAAGAACAUGCAGAAGACUUGGAUCAAGAAGUCGACUCUGACUUUCGGAAAGAAAAUAAAGCUGUUGCAGAACCUGCGAGACAAUCUUUUAAAGCUAAUAGAGCAACAGUUUGCGGUUCUGUGGCAGCCACCAGAGCGAAAGAGGAGACGACGACGUGGUAUUUUGGAUGACUCGGAAAUAGACUUUCCGCCUGAGGCGGCAAUCAUGAGCAUCAACUUCUUGACAUUCGCCGUUUUCCUCAUCAAACUGGUCAUGCAAGUGGUUAAAAUUGUGAAAAGCAAACAUGUUUCAUUUUCUGGAUUUACCUUUGCUCCAGAAGCUGCAAGACGUCCAUAAAGUAUAAGCUUUGUUUAAGUAUGAUACGGAGCAAAGAUUUUUUUAUUUUUUAAAAUAAAAAACUAUUUUUCCUUAAGCAGGAAAAUACUGUAGU